GACCGCCUACGUCAACACUUUGAAGAGUGAGUCGCGGGUGCACAGUUUCUCCAAAACCGCCCAUCACACCAGCGACUAAUUUGCUUCUUUUUGUGAGAAAAUAACGUUUAAAAGACAACAUAAUCAGACUCGGCGUCUCCGGAUGGCCUGCGACGUCUUGCUACAUUUAAUAACUCGUCGCGACAUCUCGUGCCUGCGAUGAGCUACCAACUAAAUGGGCUGUUUAGCAUUGGCGAGGACUUUGACGAGGAGGACGUGCUGGGGACGAACUGGACUCUCGGACCCCGGGCAGCGGUGCCUCCCCGCCCCUCGGCUUCCGCGCGUGCGGCCGCAAGAGAUUCCGGCACCGAUCCCCUUCGGAGGUCAGCUUCCCCGAGUUCCGCUUCGGUGACGCCAACUUUACGGACGCUCUCCUCUGGCAUUCAAGCUGACCCCCUUUUGAGGAAACUCCCUGAGUCCGGUUUUGGGGGGCCGCCAAGACCAGCUGUCAGUUUGCCACCCUCUCUGGUCGCUGCCAACCGUGUGGGCCCCAGAGGUUCCGGCACCAACCUCCUCCAGCCAACCGAGGAAUCAUCGAGCCCUUCCUCGAAAACGGUUGCUCCCGGUUUGCGGAAUCUUAUCGCUGAGGCUCAGGCUCUGAGGCCCCAUCCGCCCCCCACACCAGAGAUUCCAAAGCCCUUUGUGGGGACCUCCACUGCUGUGCCAUCCUGCCCUCAAGGCCAGGAAACUGUUCCUCCGACUUUGCAGAAGGUCUUCUCCAGCAUUCAAUCUCGCCCCCUUCCACAUCCCACCUCGGUCCCCCCUGCGUCCCACUCGUGGGCACAACCGAGCUCGGUCCCAACCACUAUUGCAGCAUUACGCCCGCUGGGUACUGCCCCCGUUACCCCCGGAGCCGUCACGAAGCCCCCUUUGACCGUGCAGCAGAAGUCCACCAUCAAUACCACCGGACAGGAUGACUUUGACGACUGGGACUUGGACCUUGUCGACUUGGAGGAGUGUGACCGUCUAGCUGGACCCGUUCCUCCGGCCAAAACCACCAACACGGGUGGAAGGACCCUAAGAGCGCCAACCUUGAGACCCCCCUGCACGCUCCCGCCGCAAAGUGUUCCCACCCCCAACUCUGUUUCCAAGACUUUCGGGAAACCUCAGCACGUUCCUCGGGUUGCUCCCGCAACCUCCCACCCACCCCGAGGCCUCUUCGAGGCUAUUUCGCCUGAGCCGAGGCCCCCGCCCUCCCCUUCUCCUGCCUUUAGUCCGCACCCCCUGAGCAAACCGCUGCUGACCAACCACCUGGUGCAGCUGGUGUCGGCGUCGAGCAAGAUGUGCCGGAAAAGGCCGCGCUCGGAGCCCCGACCGCCCAGGUCGCGACGCUUCCCUGGCCCGGCGGGGCUCCUCCCUCAGCAGCCACAAAAUCACAAUCUGGAUGAGAUUGUGGUUUCUGUUUCUCAGACCCCCUCCCACAGCGUGGGGGCACGCCUUCCAAACCAGGUUUCCAGCUCUCAGACUGAGGAAGAGGAGUUCAGCAGCGGUCCCUGGGCGGCGAUGAAGGCCCAGAUGGGACUGGACGAGCGGAACCCGGCGUGCUUCCUGCGCUCGUACAGCGUGCUCAUGGUGCUCCGCAAGGCGGCGUUGAAGCAGCUAAACAAAAACAAAGUCCCGAAUAUGGCCGUGAUGCUCAAGAGCAUCAACCACGCACACACCGACGCCAAGGCCGUGUUUCGGGAUCCUACAGGCGAGAUUCAGGGCACGUUGCAUCGGCGCCUCCUGGAGGAGCGCUCAGGAGAACUGAAGGUCGGUGCUGUGCUGCUGCUAAAACAAGUGGGGGUAUUCUCCCCCUCCCAUCGCAACCACUACCUCAACGUGACUCCGAACAACCUCCUCCGAAUCUAUUCGCCCGACGGGGCCUGCCACGCGUCGGGGCAGCCCCCCCCGGCGGUCCCGGAGCCGACGCCGGGGUUGGCCGGCGGCAAGGCCGUGUCCCGCAUGCAGCUCGUGUUUGACGAUGGCGACGGGGACGAGGACAGGACGAAAAGCAAAGACAGAAGCCCGCCGAAUUCAGGCUGGGACGCAGAUGACUUGGAUGAGCUUCUGGUGGCACUCCCAGAAGACACCUACAGUCUUUGAUGGGAGCAGAUGCAUCACCAAUGAGCCAAAUAUCAUUUUGAUAAUGUUAAAAAUAUGAAAACACUUGCCUAUUUGUGUUUUGUUGAAAUUCAACCCAUGUUCCUCUCUUUAUUGAUAUUAGUAAAGAAAUAUACGUGUCAA